AUGGCAAAAUUUUUUCCCUCCAUUAUUGUUCCUGGAGUCAUUGAGCAUUUGGACGCGCAGACGGGAAAAAAGUUGGGAUUAUUAUGGUCCUGUGUUAAAGAUUUUGAAAAGCUGAAGCACAUUGUUUUAGAAUUACAACCUCUGCUUCUGGAUGCCGAGGAGCAACAAGCCGCGAACGAUGAAGUCAAAGUCUGGCUCGAGAAGUUAACAGAUAUCUUAUAUGAAGUGGACGACUUGCUGGAUGAUUUAUCCACCAGAGUUCUUCGGAUGACCCGAAAUAAGAAGGCAAAACAGGUGUGCAUCUUCUUUUCCAAAUCGAAUAAACUUGCAUUUAACCGUAGAAUGGGUCCUAAGAUUAAGACUAUUCUAAAUAAUUUAGAUCACAUUGCAAACGACAUGAGGAAGUUCCAUUUAGAGGAACGCCAUGGAAAGAUACCAGUGGAAGAGAAUAGGGAGAGGGAUCGUCCCGAAGAAGUACUUAUUGGUAGAGAUGAGCAUAAAAAGGCAGUUGUUGACUUUUUAAUGGUCUCCAAUGUUAAGGAGAAGGUUUCAAUACUUCCGAUUGUUGGAACCGGAGGUAUGGGAAAGACAGCACUAGCUCAGUUCGCAUUUAAUGACGAGAGAAUCCAAGAAUAUUUUCAGCAAAAAAUGUGGGUGAAUGGCAUGUCAUGUGUCUCUCGUGAUGACGAUGAUAUGCUAGAAACAAUCCUUGAAAAAAUCGUAGGAUCUGCCAGAAAUGGGAAGGUAGAUCCUUCAAUGGAUGAUUGGUGGAGCCAUUUUGGAACAGAAGUGUAUUGGAAGAGGUACCUACUUGUCUUGGAUAAUGUGCGCAUCAAUGAUAGUACAAAAUGGUUAGGAAAUUUGAAAAAGGGUCUAAUAGCUCAUAGUGCAAGAGGCAGUAAAAUUUUAGUAACCACACGUAGUGAAGUGGUUGCCAAGAUUAUGCGCACAGUUAAACCAUAUUACUUGAGAGGUUUAGAUGAAGAUGACUCAUGGUAUUUAUUUAAACGGAUGGCGUUUAAAAAUGGGCAAGAGCCAAACAAUAAGACAAUUGUGAAUAUGGGAAAGGAGAUUGUGAGCAAAUGUGAAGGUGUCCCUCUCAUCAUAAAAACAAUUGGAAGGUUACUGUAUUUCAAAAAUUCAGAAAGAGAGUGGUUGUCUUUUAUGAAUAAUGAAUUUUCAAGAAUACGUCUAAAUGAAGAAAAAGACAUGGUAGCAACUCUUAAGUUGGUAAUAUACGAUCAACUUCCGCAGCAUUUGAAACAAUGUUUUGCGUAUAGUUGUUUAUUUCCAAAGAAUUACGAGAUUGAUAAAUCAACAUUGAUUAAUCUUUGGAUAGCACAAGGAUUUAUAAAGUCGUCAGAUGAAGAUGAUGAAUGCCUUGAGGAUGCUGCUCAUGAGUACUUUAUGGAUUUAAUUUCGAGAUUUUUCUUUGAAGAAGACAAAACAGAUUGGUCGGGUGAAGUCACUAGUUGCAAAAUGAAUCCCCUCAUGCAUGAUCUUGCUAUGUUGAUUGCAGGACCGUCAGUAACCACAUUAAACUCUUUUACAUAUAAAGAGGACGUUAACAAGAGCACUCGUCAUCUAUGGGUUGGUUACGAUAUACAACAUUACUUAUAUCUCGCACAUUUAAUUUCUGAAGCAAAAUGUAGAAUUCGAACAUUUCUUUCACCAAAUGAGAGUGAGCCUAAGGGCAUGACAGAAUGUGAUGCAAUUUUUUCAAGCUUCAAAACGUUGCGCGCAUUGCAAUUGUGUAGUAGAACCCUAGAUGGUUUGCCGUCAAGCUCGAUUUGUAAGUUGAAGAGUUUAAGAUAUCUUGAUUUUUCUGGAAUGUACAAGAUGAAGAAGUUACCAGAUUCUAUAACCAGCUUGCAGAAUUUGCAGACGUUAAAACUGUGCAAUUGUAGUUGGUUUGAAGAAUGGCCGAGAGAGUUUUCAAGAUUAGUCAACCUCAGGCAUCUUGACAUCAAUGGAUGUUGGAAACUGACUUACAUGCCACGUGGAUUAGGGCAAUUGACUAAACUUCGGUCAUUAUCAGACUUCCUGGUAUCCCCCCAACUGGAUUCUCUCAACAUGCUGCAUAGUGGUGGACUAAAUGAAUUAAAUGGACUAAAUAACCUAAGAGGUGAUUUACAGAUUAGAAAUUUGGGAUGUGAGAAAGAUGAUGUUCGAGAUUACAGGGCUACAAAAUUGUACGAGAAAGAAAAGAUUCGUUCUCUAAAAUUAUAUUGGGACGAUUCAUUUGGGUUGAGGGAUGAAGCCGAUGCUGAAAUAAAAUUGGAAGCCUUAGAACCUCACAGCAAUCUUAAAAGGCUUGAAUUAAGCGGUUACAGAGGUGCGGAGUUUCCGAGGUGGCUUGCGUACCUCGAAAAUCUUGUUGAAUUUCAAUUAUCCAAAUGUGAAAAACUGAAAUGUUUGCCACGUGGAUUGAGUGAACUGCCCUCUCUUAAGCGUCUGUUUCUUAAAUACUUGGAGGGUAUUGAGUACAUGUUAGAUAGUGAUGAGUGUACUGGGACAUUCUUCCCAUCCUUAGAGCAACUUCAACUCUAUUAUUGCCCUAAUCUCAAGGGGUGGUGGUGGAAAGGGCCUCCGCGUUUACUGAUCCCUUCAUUUCCUUGCCUUUCAGAGCUAUCCGUCUCGGGUUGCACUGAGCUGGAUUCCAUGCCGAGGUUUCCAUGUCUUGAAAAAGAGUUGGUCCUGUCUAAUUCCAGCUGUAAGCCAAUGCAACAGACAUUGAUUAGAGUAGACUCCUCUACAUUUGCCUCUUCUUCAUUCGUUCCUCUCUCAAAAUUGAAGCGUCUGCAACUACAUAGGAUAGAAGAUCUACGGAUUCUCCCAGAGAAGGGACUGCAAAACCUGACUUCUCUCGAGUCUUUGCAUAUAGUCCACUGCCAUAGAUUAGAGUCUUUGUCUCAAGGUAUACAACAUCUCACUGGACUUCAACAACUGGAGAUUAAUCAUUGUGAUAAGCUUGAUCUAGGCGGCAAUGAUGAGGAUGAGAUGGGAUGGCAAGGCCUUAAGAGCCUCCUCUCUCUGGAUUUCGUUGGGCUUCCAAAAUUGGUGCAUCUGCCAUCAGGUCUUCAACAUGUUACCACUCUACAUAAGUUCCGGAUUUCAAGUUGUUGCAGUUUGAGGGCCUUACCAGAUUGGAUUUGCCAAUGGACAUCACUUCAACAGUUCGAAAUUUCUAAUUGUCUAGGUUUGACUUCGCUCCCCAACAAAAUGAGUUCGUUGACGUCUUUGAAAGUGUUGACAAUUAGAAAGCACUGUCCCAAUUUGUUGCCAAGAUGCGAGCGCAAGACGGGAGAUGAUUGGUACAAGAUUUCUCACAUCCCUAAAUUGUACUUGGAUCGGCCCUCCGAGGAAGAAGUGAAGAACGUUAGAAAGAGGUUCAAUGCUUAUCAUCAUUAUCCUUCAAAAGUCAACAAUUCAAAGGAAAAGCUUGCAGGAAAGAUUAAUUUGGUUCACAUGGUAGAGCAUACAACAUGAUGAUGCAACCAAGUGCUUGAGACUUCUGUAUUACUACUGCUAUCCAUGAACAUCGUUUGCCAUCAGUGAUUUUGCGGUUGGAUGUUGUACAUAAAAGAAAGGAUUUCCGACUUAAAAAUGGAGGAAAAUCUUCUUGGUUUGCUUCGAAGAUUUAUAUAAAUGCUUGUGACAAAAAGAAUGAUGGAGAUACAAAAUGGUAUCGAGUGCUGACUUCUGCUGGUAGGAGUAACAACAUUUGCCUACCCAUGUUUAAGAAACAUCAAAUUCAUCAGAACAUGAAUUUGCAAUUCGAAUAUUUUUCUUUUAGUUUGUGGUGUGUUGAAUUCAUAGAUACCUUCAAGAAUUAUCUUCACUUUGAAUUGUUUGAUGUAAUCAUGAACGGGAAUCUAUCCAUAUAUACUUGUUGAUGCAAAUGCUGUAUUCGAAUUCCACAGGGCACAAGUUUUCUUGAAUGAUAUAUAUUUCUUCA